AUGUAGUAACCUAUUAUUUCAACAUAUUUGAAAUUGUUAUUUAAUUUUAAAUUCUAAUGUUGCUGCAAGUUUUAAUAUUAGUGACUCUCUAUUUUCAUUUGUUUUAAAUGAGUUAGGAUAAAAUUUAGGUAUAUUUUUCUCACAGUGAUUUGGGUUAUCGAGAUGGUGUCAAGGAGGAUGUUUAGACGAGCUGGGGUCUUCAUUGUGGCUGGGACAACAGUUGCCAUUCUGUUGCUGUGGCACAACCGGGAGCGGGGCCCACCGAGUGAAACACUCAGAGAUGACUGGAUAGCAGUCAGGCUACAGAAGGACCAGCAGGAAUAUGUGGACCGGAGGGGGGUUCACGUAGUGGUGGGUCACUACAUGGGGGACACCAGCAGUUCCAGACAUCCUCCUAACCUCACCGACGAACUGAUGAACACGAAUAUGUUCGACCCUAAGCCGAAUGAAGGGCGGGAUGGGCAGCCUGUGAUCAUACCACCUCACCUGGCAGGUCGCAUGCAACAACUCUAUCACAUCAAUCGCUUCAACCUGAUGGCCAGCGAUCGCAUUCCGCUCAACCGCUCCCUGCCCGACGUGCGCAAGAAGAAGUGCAGAUACAAGUACACGGAUAUUUCCGGCCUGCCCACCACCAGCGUGAUCAUUGUCUUCCACAACGAGGCCUGGUCCACUCUACUCCGGACCGUACACAGCGUCAUCAAUCGCUCCCCCUGGACACUGCUGGAGGAGAUAAUUCUGGUCGAUGACGCUAGCACUAGAGCAUUCUUGGGCAAGCCACUGGAGGAGUAUGUGGCCACCCUGGGGGUGAAGACCAGAGUGCUGAGGACAGGCAAGCGAGAGGGGCUGGUGAGAGCAAGGCUACUAGGAGCAAGAGAGGCUACAGGACAGAUACUCACGUUUCUUGAUGCUCACUGUGAAUGUACCACCGGCUGGCUGGAGGCGCUGGUAGUGCGAGUAGCAGAGGACAGGCGUCGCGUGGUUUGUCCUGUCAUAGACAUCAUCAGUGACGAGACAUUUGCGUAUGUGCGGAGCUUCGAGCUGCACUGGGGUGCCUUCAACUGGGAGUUGCACUUCCGCUGGUACACCUUGGGUGCAACAGAACUCAAGGUGCGCAGGGAGGACAUCACGCAACCGUUCAGCACUCCAGCGAUGGCCGGGGGUCUGUUCGCUGUCGACAAGAACUACUUUUUUGAAGUUGGAGCUUAUGACGAUCAGAUGGAAGUCUGGGGAGGGGAAAACUUGGAAUUAUCGUUCAGGGUAUGGCAGUGCGGAGGCAGCGUGGAGAUUGCACCCUGCUCUCACGUCGGCCAUCUGUUCCGCAAGUCCUCUCCCUAUACAUUCCCGGGCGGCGUGACCGAUGUGCUGUUCGGCAACCUCGCUCGCGUGGCACUUGUGUGGAUGGACCAGUGGCAAGAGUUCUACUUCAAAUUCAACCCAGAUGCUGAGAGAGUGAGACACAAGCAGAGCGUGAGAGCCAGGCUAGAGCUGAGAGAGAAGCUGCACUGUAAGAGUUUCAAGUGGUAUCUGGACAAUGUCUGGCCCCAACAUUUCAUGCCCACCAAGGACAGAUUUUUUGGCAAGAUAAGACACAAAGUGUUAGACAAGUGCCUGGAGAAGCCGGUGGGCAAGGGGAGUUUGAACCAGCCGAUGGGCCCCGCCACGGUGGUGGUAUGCCGGGACCCUCCCGCCCUCACACAGAUGUUCGUGAUGGAACGGGGAACGGAGGCAGCCAUCGCCACGGACGAGAGCGUGUGCCUCGACGCCCCUGACAAGGAUGAUCGCAACCACAUCCCUCGAGUAAAGGUGAUAGCUUGUAGCGGACACCCUCGGCAGACUUGGCUGUGGGACGAACAAGCUGCUGCUCUGAAGCAUGUCACAACAGGUCUAUGCUUGGAUACACCAGAAGAUGGUUCCGUGGAUAUCGGAUUGGUGCUAAACUCUUGCAACAGGAACCCAAGCCAACAGUGGAUUCUAGAGAAUGUGCCAUGGCACUAGGUUCUGUUCCAAUGGGACAUAUUGGUUCCUUGUCUGCUGACUUCAGUGAAACUUGAAUGGCAGUAGAUGAUGAACUGGUGUUGAUGUAAAUGAAAAACGUUACGGAUAAGAUCUUGGAUGAAUAUUAUCUCAAGAACCUUGAAGUAGUAUCGCUGAAGUGCCUUUGGAAAGUGCUUAUUUAUUUCCAAAACUCUUAAAAAACAAAUUUUAUGAAUGUAAAGUAGAAAAAUAUUUUUAUAUUGUGGUGUUAAAAACACAGUUUAGAAAUGGCCUUUCCCUAUAACUCUUGGGUUUACCCAUCUUCUCAUAGGAUGUAAGCCUUAGUAUCACACAUUAACACAAAUCAGUCGUACUGAACCUCUCAAUUGUGACGUUCAAACCCACGGGAAGGUCAUUGUGACCAACUGGGUUAUGAAUGUCAUUGUAGAUUUCCAAUGGUAACACCUCACAUUUGUGCGAGAUGGUGUGUGCGUUGCGCCUCGGACAGUGUUCCGGGAAUGGAAGUUUCUCAGAAGCAUCGUCUAUUGGGGUUGGUAAAGCCACUUGACUACUUUGCUGAUUGCUCAAAACUCCUACACAGAGUUCAUUUAUACCUUUGACAGGAGCACAGACUCCUACCACUAUGGUGUCAUCAUCUUUUUGUUAUCUAUUACUUGCAACGCUACAGGUGCUGCUUAGGAAAUCUUUUGUGCAAUCUACCACAAUUCACAUUGACUUACCAAUCUUCUUCUGAUCUUUAACCCCCAUUGGUUUCAUGAGGGUGACCCAUGUAUGUAGAAAAAGGCUUUUCUCAUGUGGAAUCCCAAAUGUCAAUGGUGUUUAUUCUUCCAUGGGUUUGUUUCCUACAGGCAUACCAUUACUUUUGGAAUGCCAUUCUUAUGCCUGUGAUGUCGAUGCAUAUUUAUUUAAAACAAGACAGUCCUUAUAUUAAUGUCCAUGCUGUUUUUAAUUAUAUAUGUAUUAUAAAUUCUUUAAUUGUUUUGUUCCUCUCUUAUUCCACUUCUCAUUGAUUAGCUUAAUAGGAGGCUACAUCUGGCUAGAGUUGCACUACCUCAGGGGUAGGAAAAGCUUUGGACAGUAGCUGAGUCCUGGAUAGGCACUGCCGGUUCUGGUUCUUGGUCAGGUUUUUGCUACGGUCCUGUCUUCACUCCUGAUUCCACAAUGGUUUCCAUUGGUUGUUCUGGUCCACUUUUCAUAUCUAGGGAAUCGUGGCAAGCAUAUCCACCUAUCGGGAUAGCACCUAAUAAGUGGAUAUGCUUGCAAUAUUAAAACUAGCUCUGAAUUACGCCUCCUGAAAUUCUGGAGGUUCGACCUCUAAGGAAUUGUGCCAAGCUGUUGGGAUAACACCUGUCAUCUGGAUAUGCUUGCAAUAUUACAACAGGCCCAGAGUUGCGCCACCUCCGAUUCUUGGAGUUCGACCUCUAGGGAAUCGUGGCAAGCAUAUCCAGCCGUUGGGAUAACACCUAAUGAGUGGAUAUGGUUGGAAUGUUACAACAAGCUCAGAGUUAUCCCUUCUCCUAUUCUUGGUGCUCAAUCUUUAGGGCAAGCAUAUCCAUCUGUUGGGGUAACACUUCACAGAUGGAUACGCUUGCAAUAUCACAACUGGCCCAGAGUUGCGCCUCCUUCGAUUCUAAGGGUUCAACCUCUAGGGAAUCAUGGUAAUCAUAUCCAGCUGUCAGGAUAACACCUGAAAGCUGCAUAUGAUUGCAAUAUCACAACUGGCCCAGAGUUGCGCCUCCUUCGAUUCUAAGGGUUCAACCUCUAGGGAAUCAUGGUAAUCAUAUCCAGCUGUCAGGAUAACACCUGAAAGCUGCAUAUGAUUGUAAUAUCAUAACUGGCCCAGAGUUGUGCCUCCUUCGAUUCUAUGGGUACAACCUAUAGGGAAUCAAGGCAAGCAUAUCUAGCUGGUGGGAUGACACCUAUGAGCGGGAUAUGCUUGCAAUAUCACAACUGGCCCAGAAUUGCGCCUCCUCCGAUUCUUGGGGUUCCACCUUUAGGGAAUCGGGGCAAGCAUAUCCAGCCAUUGGUAUAACACCUAAUGUGUGGAUAUGGUUGCAAUGUUACUACAAACUCAGAGUUACGCCUUCUCCUAUUCUUGGGGCUCAAUCCUUAGAGCAAGCAUAUCCGUCUAUUGGGAUAACACUUCAUGGAUGGAUAUCAUUGCAAUGAUACAACAAGCUCAGAGUUACGCCUUCUCCUGUUCUUGGGGCUCAAUCUUUUGGGCAAGCAUAUCCAUCUGUUGGGGUAACACUUCACAGAUGGAUACGCUUGCAAUAUCACAACUGGCCCAGAGUUGAGCCUCUUUCGAUUCUGAGGGUUCGACCUUUAGGGAAUAGUGGCAAGCAUAUCCAGCUGUUGGGAUGACACCUAUCAGCAGGAUAUGGUUGCAAUAUCACAACUGCCCCGAGUUGCGCCUCCUUCGAUUCUGAGGGUACAACCUAUAGGAAAUCAAGGCAAGCAUAUCCAGCUGAUGGGAUGACACCUAUGAGCAGUAUAUGCUUGUGAUAUCACAACUGGCCCAGAGUUGCGCCUCCUUCGAUUCUGAGGGUACAACCUAUAGGAAAUCAAGGCAAGCAUAUCCAGCUGAUGGGAUGACACCUAUGAGCAGUAUAUGCUUGUGAUAUCACAACUGGCCCAGAGUUGCGCCUCCUUCGAUUCUGAGGGUACAAACCUAUAGAGAAUCAUGGCAAGCAUAUCCAGCUGUUGGGAUGACACCUAUGAGCAGUAUAUGCUUGUGAUAUUACAACUGGCCCAGAGUUGCGCCUCCUUCGAUUCUGAGGGUACAAACCUAUAGGGAAUCAAGGCAAGCAUAUCCAGCCGUUGGGAUAACACCUAAUGAGUGGAUAUGGUUGCAAUAUCACAACUGGCCCAGAGUUGCGCCUCCUUCAAUUCUGAGGGUACAAACCUAUAGGGAAUCAAGGCAAGCAUAUCCAGCCGUUGGGAUAACACCUAAUGAGUGGAUAUGGUUGCAAUAUCACAACUGGCCCAGAGUUGCGCCUCCUUCAAUUCUGAGGGUACAAACCUAUAGGGAAUCAAGGCAAGCAUAUCCAGCUGUUGGGAUAACACCUAAUAACCUGGCUAUGCUUGUGGUAAACCCAGCUGACGCUGUUGUUGAUCAGACCAACGUCCCGUUGUCAAAUUCUGAUAUCGAUAAAUCUGUUAUUAUUGACAUCUGCAGUAGGCAUCAGCACUGUGUCUAGGUACAGACACCGGUACUGUUGUGACCAGUAGGCACAGAUGUUGGUGCUUUUCUGCGGUACCAUCCUCCUGAAACGAGUCUUUAACAAUCUCAUCUUUGGAAUAUUAAGGAUAUGGACGGUUGUUUCUUCGGUCGUGGUGACCCGGAGGGCAGAAGGUCAUGUGGCUGACGGAUUGCCUGACAUGUCCCUUACACAUGCAGCAGUUGAGGGAAUGUUUUCUGUGGUGCCAGGUAAACCAUUGCUUUUUUGCUUGAUUUUAGGUAUGGAGUGAGCAAGGGAAGAGAUGAGGGUGUGGAUGUUGGUGGUGUCUUACUUGCAGGUCACAAGGAGUGGGAAUGGAGAAGAGAGAGUGAGGGCAUGAAGUGGCAACGUGGUGGCUGUGAGUUUACUUCAUCUCUUAAUUACGUCACUGAAAGUUUUAGCUGGGGUUCCUUGGCCACGAAACUGUACAGGAGCCUUAGCAAACUGCUCUUUGAGCGAGGUUCUUGGCCACUAUGGUCAGUGACAUUCACCUGCUUCUUGGGCCGUUCCUCCUUUUGCUUCUAGCUGCCAUAUCUGAGUGACUGGAAUAGAAGUAUCAGUUUCUGUCGUGUACGGCUGAUUUGUGGUCACGUGUAAUAUUAAGAUGUGGUUGUGUACAGAAUUGUUAUGUUACAAACAUACCACAGCUUACUUCCUGAAGGUGUGCGUUUUCACUAGUUGCAACAGAAGGACAUAACUCGAUUACCUCAUUUUAAAUGUAUUUAUUUUAGAAAUAUGACACCAAUUUAAUUUUACUUAGUGUUGUUUUAAGGAUUCAUGAAAUUAAGUGGAACAGCCAUAAUUAUUAAUAGUAUUUUCAUAAUUUUCGUCUUCUAAAUUAGUACUGUAUAGCUUUAAUAUUAGUGUCUGCGAAAGUUGGUAGUACUGUCAUGAAUAUUGUGCCUUUUUCUAUACCCAUAAAGUAACCUUCAAGGUGAUGAACAUCACAUUUAUGAUGACUUGCAAUGUAAAAUACUCUCUGUGUAUUAAACGUUUUGAAAAUAAAAACAGGCACUUCACUAGAGAA